AAAGUGGAACGGAAAUAGCUACGUUGAUUCAAGAAAAGGAUAAGAGCUUGACUUUCCCUCCUUCCUUCUUGGCGUAAUCGAGAGUUAAGAAUUGCAUUUCGCAUCACUGUCUUCACUCUCUCUUUCGUAUCAAUCACCGCCAUCACGCGCCUCUUAAACUCACCAAACCCAAUCCUCACACCAAUCGCAAUCAUGAUGGCAUCACCAACUCAACUCAUCUCCAUCUUUUUCCUCUCCCUCUUCGAUCCUUUCUUUGCUCUCUCUAUUAACUCCAACAACAACAACAACCUCCUAUUAUUACGAACUCAUCGUAGCAACGCCUCUCGCCCCGCCAUGAUUCUCCCGCUUCAUCUCUCUCCUCCCGAUUCUUCCAUCUCAGCAUUCAAUCCACGUCGUCAACUCCAGAGAUCCGAAUCCCAACGCAAUCCUAACGCUCGCAUGAGACUCUACGACGAUCUCUUUCUAAACGGAUACUAUACCACGCGGCUAUGGAUCGGUACUCCUCCGCAGAGAUUUGCUCUUAUUGUUGAUACGGGGAGUACUGUUACGUAUGUUCCCUGUUCUACUUGCGAACACUGUGGUAGACAUCAGGAUCCUAAGUUCCAGCCGGACCUGUCGGAAACCUAUCAACCUGUAAAAUGCACACCGGAUUGCAACUGCGACAAUGAUGGGGAGCAGUGCAUGUAUGACCGACAGUAUGCUGAAAUGAGUAGUAGCAGUGGAGUCCUUGGUGAGGAUGUUGUGUCCUUUGGAAAUCUGAGUGAGCUUGCCCCCCAACGUGCUGUCUUUGGCUGUGAAAACGAUGAGACUGGUGAUAUCUAUAGUCAGCGUGCGGAUGGGAUCAUGGGUUUGGGCCGUGGAGAUCUAAGUAUCAUGGAUCAAUUGGUUGAUAGAAAGGUAAUAAGUAAUUCAUUCUCCCUCUGCUAUGGUGGAAUGGAUGUUGGAGGAGGUGCUAUGAUUCUUGGUGGAAUAUCUCCCCCAGCUGACAUGGUCUUUACACAUUCAGAUCCUGAUAGAAGUCCAUAUUACAAUAUCAAUUUGAAGGGGAUACAUGUUGCGGGGAAGCAAUUGCGGCUAAACCCAAAGGUUUUUGAUGGGAAGUAUGGAACUGUCUUGGAUAGUGGCACCACUUAUGCAUACCUACCAGAAGUUGCAUUUCUUGCUUUUAAACGCACUAUUAUGAAGGAACUUACCUCUUUGAAGCAAAUUAGUGGUCCAGAUCCAAAUUAUAAGGAUAUAUGUUUUUCUGGUGCUGGAAUAGAUAUCUCUCAACUCUCUAAAAGCUUCCCAGUGGUUGACAUGGUAUUUGAAAAUGGUCACAAGUUGUCACUGUCUCCUGAAAAUUACUUGUUUCAGCAUUCAAAAGUACGAGGGGCAUAUUGUCUGGGGGUUUUCUCAAAUGGAAAGGAUCUGACUACACUUUUAGGAGGUAUCUUUGUUCGUAACACACUUGUAAUGUAUGAUCGUGAAAAUUCAAAAAUUGGUUUCUGGAAAACAAAUUGUUCUGAGUUAUUGGAAAGACUACACGUCUCUGAUGCCCCACCACCAGUGCCCCCAAAUUCAGAAGUUACAAAUUCAACCAAAGAAAUUGAGCCUUCAGUUGCUCCAUCUGUAUCUCCGUAUAUUAGUCAUCAAGGUGAACUCCAAAUUGCUCAAAUAACAGUUGCAAUUUCAUUUAACAUCAGUUACAUGGAUAUGAAGCCUUACAUUACAGAGUUGGCUGGACUCAUAGCUCAUGAGCUAGACGUUAAUACAUCACAGGUUCACUUAAUGAAUUUUUCUUCACUUGGAAAUGGGUCCCUCUCUAGAUGGAUCAUAACCCCAAGGCCAUAUGCCGAUUUCUUUUCUAACACCACUGCAAUGAGUAUAAUUUCCCGGCUUUCUGAACAUCGCAUGCAACUUCCAGACACAUUUGGAAGUUAUAAGUUGCUUGAUUGGAAGGUUGAGCCUUCAUCAAAAAGGACUUGGUGGCAGCAAUAUUAUUUGGUCGUGUCUUUGGCGGUUUUUCUUACACUGCUUCUUGGAGUAUCAGCCUUGGGAAUAUUCUUAAUUUGGAAAAACAGACAGCAAGCAGAGCACUCAUACAAGCCAGUUGAUGUAGCUGUUCCAGAGCAGGAACUUCAACCAUUAUAAGCAACGUUUGUACUGCUGCUAGUUAAUUCCUUCCUUGAUUAGUGUGGCUAUUAUGACCAAUUUAUACAACCUUAGUUACUCGCUGUUCAAGAUUUUUAUUUCAAAAAAAUCAGGCUGUCUAUUUUGAUGUGACAAAUCCCUGAUAGAUGUACAGUAAGGAUUAUUUAGAAGUUUUAUCAUACACAAAUGCAAUUUUGGUUGCGAUUAUUGCAAAAUACCGGUGAAUCGAAAGGUGGAAGCACAAUUGCUUUAGUAUAAUGUUUGCAUUUUUAUUUGGCCGAUC